CUACAAGGGAGGUAACCACUCAUGCUAUCUACGCAUGCGCAGACACCAUAUUGGAUUGUGGAAAGAAACACACUUACAUUUCGUUGAAAUUUUAUCAUAAUCAUGGCUUUGAAAAGAAUAAAUAAGGAACUACAUGAUCUGGGUCGUGACCCUCCAGCCCAGUGCUCAGCGGGACCAGUAGGAGACGAUUUAUUUCAUUGGCAAGCCACAAUAAUGGGACCACCUGACAGCCCUUAUCAGAACGGUGUUUUUUUCCUGACUAUACAUUUUCCAACAGAUUACCCCUUCAAACCUCCAAAGGUUGCGUUCACUACGCGAAUCUACCACCCAAACAUCAACAGCAAUGGCAGCAUCUGCCUGGACAUUCUGAGAACACAAUGGUCACCAGCUCUCACAAUCUCCAAAGUCCUGCUUUCCAUUUGCUCACUGCUGACAGACCCCAACCCAGAUGAUCCACUUGUACCUGAGAUCGCCAGAAUAUAUAAAAAUGACAGAUGCAAGUAUGUUGAGACAGCGAAGCAAUGGACCAACAAGUACGCAGUCUGACAUGACUAUUCCACAUCCAAACACAAAACACUCCGUGCCGGUUUUAUUUUUUGAUUCAACACAUUCACACACUAGUACACUAUUUCAAUCGGUCAGUUCCCUGGGAACUGUUCUUAGCUUUACCCAACCAGCAGUGUUGCUGUUUCCUUUGUGUGUCUGGUAGGGUUGGACCA